AUGAGCUCCCUAAACUUCUCCCCUCCUAUUAAAGAAGAAGAGGUCUGCUGGACCGAGAAAGAAGCUCUGGGGCUGAACAUUGUCGAGGGAGAGAUAACUGUCACAUUGAAGGAGGAGAAGGAAGAAGAACAUGAGCAGGAGGAGGAGACGGGCGAUCUGAUUAACACCAGAGAGAGACCAGACUCUGACAGCGGGAAGAGUUCCUCAGAGGAAACAGACCCGGAGACGCCUAACCAACACCACUGCUCCCACUGUGGAAAGAGUUUUAGGUGGUUAGGGAGCCUGAAAAUGCAUGAGAGAAUACAUACAGGAGAAAAGCCCUACCACUGUUCCCACUGUGGAAAGAAUUUUACUCAGUUAGGGGCCCUGGUUGGGCAUGAGAGAACACACACAGGAGAGAAGCCUUAUCACUGCUCCCACUGUGGAAAGAGUUUUAGGUGGUUAUGGGUCCUGAAAAAGCAUGAGAGAAUACACACUGGAGAGAAGCCUUAUCACUGUUCUCACUGUGGAAAAAGUUUUAGGUGGUUAGUGAGCCUGAAAACGCAUGAGAGAAUACACACAGGAGAAAAGCCUUUUCAAUGUUCCCAGUGUGAAAAGAGUUUUAGGUGGUCAGGGAGUUUGAAAAAGCAUGAGAGAAAACACACUGGAGAAAAGCCUUUCCAACAUACUAAUACACAGGAGGAGAAGACAUACCACUGCUCUCAUUGUGAAAAGACAUUUUCCCAGUCAGAGGAUCUGAAAUCACACGAGAGAAUAGAGAGGCUGUGUUCUGACUUAUGUUUUUGACUGAGAAUUUGUCCACGGCCAAUAUUCACAGGGCCAGGGACACCUGGGAAAAAAAUCAGCAGCGGACAUUUCUGAACGUUUAUCCAACAGACCUGUACAUCCAUGAAUGGAUCUCUAUAAUGUGUAACUAUUUCUGAUCUAUGUAUUGUUUAAUUGUACUAUGUUCGGUUUAUUUAUCUGUGGUUUUAUUUCAACAUAUUCUACUGAUGCUAUUAGAUUGCUGGGGGGGGGGUUAUAUAUACAGUGCCUUCAGAAAGUAUUCACGCCCCUUGACCUGCCCCACAUUUUGUUGUGUUACAGCCUGAAUUUAAAUUAGAU